AUGUUGUCCAAACACUUUACUAAACUAAUACCGGAUGGUCAAGCUAACAAUGUCUCCUUCCCUCUUUGUGGCAAAGCUGUUGCUAUGAGCUGGUUAGCCAGCCAAGGCUAUAACAUAGUUGGAGUGUAUGGAAGAAAGCAUUGGAGGAGUUUUUUUACUGACCGAGGCAUGGAAUAUUCUGUUGAAGAUAUUAACCACAAUGGACACAACUUUAAAUUAUUUCAGAGUAAAGAUGGAAAGAUUCGGCUGUUAUGUACAGAUAUUUUUAACUUUACUCCUGACAUUGAAGGAACAUUUGAUGCAGUGUGGGACAGGGGAGCUCUGGUUGACCGGGGUGACUCACGUUGGGAGAAAUAUUCUAGAGAUGUAAAUGUAGAUAUAAGAAUAAAGAACACAAAGAAGGAACUAUGGAGUUGUCUUAUCCAUGAAUGUCAUCAAGUCGUCUGA